CAAUUUUGACACUGACACAACGAAGACCUUCGUCUAUAUACCUCCAAAACGCCGUACCUGCCUCUUUUUCUUUCUCUCUUCUUUUUUUGUUUGUUUAUUUUUGUUAUACAUGCCUGUCCGUUUGUAACCUCUUGUGAGAAACAAUAAGGCGCACCAGAGGCUACGGGAUGUACACGGCCGGGCUCAACCCGUUUUACGCGUCCAACUUCAGCCUGUGGUCUGCGUACUGCGCGGGGGGCUUCGCUGUGGAUACGAUGAAGAAACCCUCGUUUUGCAUCGCAGACAUUUUGCAAGCAGGGGAUGCGGAGAACGUCCCGGGAUCGUCCGCGCUCAUGGUGCACAUGGGGCACCACCACCACCAACACCAACACCACCAACACCAACAGCACCGCGCGCAGCACGGCCACUCCGGCAACUCGCCACUGCGCCCUUCUCCCGUGGCGCCCGAGCCGUACGGCGCGAGGCUGAGUCCGGCGUCUCCUUACAACAGACACGGACUACAGCUAACAUCAGUGGGCAGAACCGCGUUCAACUCCCAGCCAGCCCCUCCGCCUGCAAGCAAGGACCUCAAAUUCGGAAUCGAUCGGAUAUUGUCGACAGACUUUGACCAGAGAGGAAAAGAGAAGUCGUCAUUAAGAGAUCUCACAUCCAUCGUUAGCUCGAACCGUCAGUCAGGGAUCCACGUCCCCAAUCAGCCUCCGGCCAGCCAGUACUUCUCCUGCGUAGACCCUGGGAUGAGCGACGCGUCCUCCAUGAUGAGUUCACUAGGCAGCAGCAGCAGCAGGCAUUCAGGCCAGCAUCAGUUUCAGGACACCUUCCCAGGGCCGUAUGCCGUCCUCACUAAAGACACGAUGCCACAGACGUACAAGAGGAAAAGGUCGUGGUCGAGGGCAGUGUUUUCAAACUUGCAGAGGAAAGGACUGGAGAAGAGAUUUGAGAUACAGAAAUACGUCACCAAGCCGGACAGAAAGCAACUGGCUGCAAUGCUUGGGCUGACCGACGCUCAGGUGAAAGUGUGGUUCCAGAACAGACGCAUGAAGUGGAGACACUCCAAAGAGGCGCAGGCUCAGAAGGACAAGGACAAGGAGCAGCCGGACAAGAGCGCGCCGGAGUCCGGCAGCAGGGAGCCCCAAGAGCCGGCGGAGGAGUCCGAGUGUGAGAGCGAGGGACGCAGCGAGUGCGACUCCGACGACGCUCCCGAGGACCACUCCGACGGACACGUGGACACCGGCGAGCAAACAAACCAAACCAGCGUGAUCAUGAGCGGCGGGAGCAGCGCGGAGGAGGCGGCCGCGGCCCCGGAGGCCCCUCCGGUCGCGAUAUGAGGGCUGGACGAAAAGAACUAAUGCGGGGGGGUUUAUUUUCAGUCUUUUUUUUGAUAGAAGAACGACGGUGAUGUUUUAAAUGCAACCCGGAGCGUCAAUUAAGUAACAAUAUGCGACGUUUGCAACGUUGAACCAGUCCCGCACCUGUCUAAUUCCUGGGAACAAGUGGAGCAACCAGACAGCAGGCCCAGCUAUUUGCUCAGUAGGGUUUAUUUAAACUCAGACACAAAAAAGAUGGUCAAAAUAAAUACGUUCAUUUUAUAAGGAUUCUAGUGUUCUAACAAUUAAAAGACAAGUUAUUUAAAAAUACUAAUUGGGACUUCUGGCCACCUCCGGUGCCUCCUUGCUGUCGUUAUCCUGUCAGGAGCUUUGUGUGCGUCAUGUUUCCUCAUCCGAAGGAAAGAAUGCGGUUGUGAAUUACUUUUUUUUUUAGCUUAUGAACCACUCGUUUCACGUGAUAGAUCAAAUGUCAGGACCCAACAGCAGUGUUCAUGUAUUACUUAUUUUGUCUGGAUAUAUAGUUGUGCUAUUUUGUUAAUAAUAUUUUGCACUGAAAAUAUUGUAAAUAAAAUGUUUCUUACUUUAAAAAUCGGAUUACGAAUUAUUAGUUUUAUUUGUAGUAUUUAGAUGAGGGAAUUAACGGAGGACAGAUCA